AUGAGCACCCCCCCUACGACGACAGCAGCCACGCCGGCAGCGGCGACUUUGGAGGCGACGACAAGCGCGACGGGCGCGACGGGCGCCAGCGAGGGAGGGAAGAAGAAGAAGAAGAAGAACAAGAAGAGGAAGAAGGGCAAGGUGUUGGAGGCUAGCUGGCCGCUGCGGAGCAAGACGACGGCGGAGCGGGGAACGUACGUCUACGUGACGGACAAGGUCGAGGCUGGGACGGUCCUCCUCGCCGAGGCCCCGUUUGUGUGGUCGCCAAUGGCCGCCCUCGCCUCACGGAUCUGCGCCAACUGCUCGGCCUUUCUGCAGCAGUUCCCGCCGCAAGUCAUCUCCACCUGCUCCUCAUGUCGGUCGGCCUACUGCUCGGCGGCGUGUGAGGCGGCGGCCGGCCAUGCCGACUACUGCGCACCGCUCUCUGCUCUCUUUGCCAUGCAGCCGCGGGCCGGCGGGCAGGAGCUGGUCAUGGUCGGCCUCAUCAUCAAGGCCAUUGUUCGCGCCGCAGCGCCGCCGCCGCCGACCCCGUCGGCUGCCGAUGCCGCCACUCUCGGCUCCAUCGCCAUUGCCCGGGCCACCCGCGCCGAGUUUGACGCGCUGCCGACUCACCGCGAGGCCACGCCGGAGCAGCGGAUCCAGAGUGCGCGGGCCCAGUUUGAGGCUGCACUGAGCGUCCCGCAGUUUGCCGCGCUCAUGGAGCCGUACGGCACGCCCGACGAUCUUGUCGAGCUUGCCAUCGACAACAUGUGCCGGAUCAACACCAACUCGGCACCGCUGCCGGGCCACGUUCUCUCGUUCCCGUCGAUGGGCACGGGCAUUUCCCUUUUGCAGCCUCAGUCGCGCACUCGUGCUCGCCCAACUCGGCGUGGGUCUCCGGCCCUGACGGUCGGUGACGAGGUGACGUGCUCGUGCAUCGACGCCGCGCAGCCGUUUGCCCAGCGUCAGGAGCUGCUGGCGAGCCAGCGCGGAAUCACCUGUGCGUGCCCGCGGUGUGCGGCCGGUCUUGCGGGUGAUGGCCCGCUGGGCGGUAUUGUAUGCCCGGCAUGUGCGACCGAUGCGACCGACGCCAACCCGGUGAUCUGCGUGCCUGGCGGCGAGCCGCUGGUGUACACCUGCCCCACUUGUGGUGAUGCCCGUGAUGUCGAUGUCGUCUCAGCUCUGCUCUAUCCGCUCAAGAACCGGCUGCGCAAUCUGCGGAUUGCGGCCCAGGCCCGCGACGCCGACUCGGUCGGCAUCCUUGCCGACACGCUCAUCGCCGAGGCUGCGGGCGUCCUACAUCCGCACCACUUUCUCUUGCUCUCGGCGUACCCACUGGCGGCCAACGCAGCGCUCCAGGCCGGCAAUCUACCCAAGGCUCUUGGCUUUUUCCGCCUGUACUACGCCGCGCAGCGUGUCGCGUCGCCGACCGUCGACAUUGAGACGAUCGAGGCCGGACAGUCGCUUGCCGAGCACGUGGCGUCGUACCUGCAGCACUCGCGGCGGUUGCCCACCAAGCUGAAGCGUGCGCUGAUCUCCGAGUUCCGCGCCACCAUGUCGGCCAUCGUUGCCGACGCCACCAUCCUGUUUGGCGACACCGAUCCGCGGGCUGUGCAGCUCAAGUCGAUGGCGACGCCCGGCUGGCAGGCGCCGCCGCCGCCGCAGGCCCAGGCUGCGCAGCGGCGCGGAGCGCAGUCGGGCAGCGGCCACGGGCACACCCACGGCGGCAAGCCAUGCCACGGCCAUGGCGGCGGUGCCAGCAGCAGCACUGGCACGCCGCCGCAUGGCCACUCGCACUCGCACUCGCACUCGCAUGGUGGCGACGGCGGCGGCCAUGGGCACACCCACGGCGGCGAGCCAUGCCACGGCCACGGCGGCCAUGGGCACUCGCACUAA